GGCUUCUUCUAAGGGCCACCUCGAAGUGGUUCGACUGCUACUCGAGAAAGGAGCUGAUCUUGCAGUUGCCAAUAAUGACGGAUGGAUGCCACUCAUAUUGGCUUGUAAAAAGGGCCAUGGAGAUAUUGUCAAACUACUAUUAUCAUAUGAUAAUGUGGAGCCAUACUUUGGUGAUAAUAAGGGUUGCAUGGCACUUUCUUGGGCAGCCUAUAAGGGCUACGAAGCUGUGGUAGAGUUGCUUCUUGUUGAUGAAAGGAUAGAUAAGAACAUACAGGAUUAUGAUGGUCUUACACCAUUAAUAUGGGUUGCGCAAAAGUUUCAUGAAUUGACAGUGAGGCUUCUCGUUCGGCAUGGUUGUCAAAUAUGUGAUCUAGAUGAGGACUCGUUUGUUUUUCACGCAGCCCUCUUUAUAUCAGAUGAUGGAUUUUAAAAAGUGAUGAAGAUAUUGAAUUUGGAAAAUACUAAGGAUUUCUUUGGGUUAGCAGCUUUAUAUGGGUCAUAUAGCUAAUAUCUAUCUAUACUUAACCGUCAUUUGGUUUCUUGCCAAUAUUCAUUAUGGGGAUCUCUUACAUAUAUUACAAAUAUAUAUCUAUGG